AUGGCUCGAUUAUCAUCGGCAUCACCAUUCAACCCCGUCACAUCCCCCGAGAAGGGCGCAGCCGAGCUCAGCCAACUCCUGCGGCGACUCGACCACACGAUCCUCCACGCCGACCCAGGCCGCGAACGCAAGUUACGGGCUAGUGAAUUUGAGAGGGCCAGACUGAAUUCAAACCUCGAAUAUGCUCGAAGUCUUCUUACCAGAGUAGAGCAGGAGGCGCUGUACGUCAAGCUACUCUCCCGGAGGCAGGAUAUGCAGGUCGACCUGAACCGCAAACGCGAGCUUCUGGAAAGGCUUGUGGAUAGGAUGCAUGAUCUUGAACAGUUACACGAGGAUGAGGAUGACAAUAGCUCAGAUGGAGAGGACAUCCUGGCUGAUAUCAUUCCGACACCGAGCGAGAGCAUGGAUUCACGAUCAACAGACAUACCCACAGACAACACCCCCGAAGACGACGAUGACGAACCAGAAAUAGCGGACCUACCUCCACCAGUGUCAGCUGUCCCCAGAGAACCGUCAGAGACGCCACCGGCACCGGCACGGCCAGCAACAGAACCAUCACCAGCGUUGCAAGUCCACACGACUACCGGUUCGGGUACAACGACGACCCAGACUCUCCGAUCCCGCGGCCCUGCUCGCCCAGGCUCCCCGUCUGCGACAACCACAGCAACGGCACGCGCGGCUCUCUUCGCCUCCCGCCGCUCCAACACCCUGAAGUCCUCAGCCUCUGGGCCCGCAUCAUCGACGGCGACGGCCGAGGCGAUCCUGGACCAUCAGCGCGCGGAGCAGGAUGCGCUGUCCGAGUCGAUCCUGAAGAUGGCCAGCGCGCUCAAGGCCAGCUCGCAAAAAUUCUCGAACACCCUCGAGCAGGACAAGGGCGUGGUGUCACGCGCGGCCGAUGGGAUGGACAAGACGGAGAGGUCGAUGGAUGCCGCGAGUCGGAGGAUGGGCACGCUGAAGAAAAUGACCGAGGGGAAGGGGUGGUGGGGUCGGAUGAUCAUGUAUGCUUGGGUUUACGGGCUCAUGGUCGCCUUGAUCCUGUUGGUGUUUGUGAUACCGAAGCUAAGAUUUUAG